CCCGCUGGGAAUAAAGUGGCUUGUUUGAUAGUUUGAUACGCUCGGGCCUUCCAGUUGCCUUGUAAAUGACGGUGCCUAGGAGCAAUGACUGCCGCAGGUCUUGUGCUCCCCCGACGAUUUGGAGCUCAUUUGCCACUGCUGCUCCCGUCAACAACAUUGACAUAGCUCGUCAACUAGCAACCAACUCCAGCACUCGACUUUGUUCGACCAAGCAAUCGACACUGUGCCGGGCGCAUAUGCUUCCCACAUUGAAUCAAUCAUUUUGGACACCCGACCGAGCUUCUUUCAGUCAAUACACAGUCGGACGCCGUUGCACGAGUGACAGAGCCGUUGAACUUGAUCUCCAUCAUGGCUUCUAGGAAGAAGGUCCUCCUGAAGGUUAUCAUCCUCGGCGAUAGCGGUGUAGGAAAGACGAGUUUGAUGAACCAAUAUGUCAACAAGAAGUUUAGCGCAAGCUACAAGGCCACCAUCGGCGCCGACUUCCUAACUCGAGAGGUUCUGGUUGACGAUAGGCAGGUGACUAUGCAGCUCUGGGAUACGGCUGGCCAGGAGCGCUUCCAGUCCUUAGGCGUUGCAUUUUACCGCGGUGCCGACUGCUGCGUCUUGGUAUUCGACGUCAACAAUUCAAAGAGCUUCGAUGCACUCGACAGUUGGAGAGAUGAAUUCCUGAUCCAAGCGUCACCAAGAGACCCUGAAAACUUCCCCUUUGUCGUUCUAGGUAACAAGAUUGAUGUCGAGGAGAGCAAGAGAGUUAUCUCAAGUAAGAGAGCAGCGACCUUUUGCCACUCCAAGGGUGACAUUCCCUACUUUGAGACUUCUGCCAAGGAGGCCAUCAAUGUCGAGCAGGCCUUCGAGGUGAUUGCGCGAAACGCUCUUGCGCAGGAAGAGUCAGAGGAGUUUAGCGGCGACUUCGGACAGGAUCCCAUCAACAUCCACAUCGAGAACGACCGUGAUGGAUGCGCCUGCUAAUCUGGUUUUCUCUCUGGGGUAAUGCGUGUUGAGGACAAAGCUGCUUCCGAGCCACGAUGUCGUUCCGGCGGAAGGACUGGCCCAGUACACGCCAGCUUGAGGGUUUCGUUUGAGUCGAGUGCUAGUAGCAUAUAUGCGGUGCAUCCGAAUUGUACUUAAUUAAGAUUCAUUGGACCAAAUUGGUCUCAAGAUUCUGGGAGUUUUUGUCAAGGUUGUUCAAGGAUGGUCUAUGAACACGCGGCAGUUGCAGCGAGUAGUUGAUACACAGCAAAGGUUUGUGUUUCUGUUUACUUAUAUACGGAUAACGAGGUCGGAAAUCCGCGGCAAUGAUACACACGUUCAACCUCGGA